AUGAAGUCGAUACUUCGAAGUCAUUGGGAUGUCAAGUCAGAAUCUACUAACCAGAUAAACACUUCAUGGACUAAGAAAAAUGAUGAACCAAAUAAACAAGCGCCAGAGGGUGGCAAGCAAAAUAAAAGUUCUGAUAAAAGGUAUCAUCGCGCGGGUUUCUACUUCAAAUCUUGCCUAUAUGGAGCUGUUCCUGGCAUGCUUGUUGCAGGAAUUGUAUUAGCGAUUGCUAUCACAUUUUGGAUGAGCUCACCACAACAAACAUCAACAGAUGUAUCGACAACAAAUCCAACGAGAGCGCAACCCAGUACAACAGUACCGACAGUAGUAACAACAGUACCGACAGUGACUACAGUACCAACAGCAACAACAGUGCCGACAGUGACUACAGUACCAACAGCAACAACAGUGCCGACAGUAGCAACAACGUCCGCUACUGGCUCUGUAUGCGGUGUCAAUAUGCAAUGGAACGCUACUGGUGUUACCGUUGCCGGCGUCACCGGUACUAGUGGUAGUUCUCUCAAUCAGCUGAAUAGCCCAAUGGGUGUUUCUGUCUUUCCAAACGACAGUACCUUGUAUAUUGCCGACAUGGGAAAUAAUCGAAUCAUGCAGUGGCCGAUGAGUGCAGUUAGUGGUUUCGCCAUAUCUGUUCCCAGGCCUUAUGAUGUUUUUGUGGAUUCAGUGCGAAAUCUGUACGUAGCUGCUUACAGCAGCUCUCAAAUUAAAUUUUUCCCUAAUGCUAGCACCACAAGCAGUGUCGCUUUUACAGGCUGGGGAUCAUCACUGGAUAAGCCUUCUUGUGUACACGUAAAGAAUAAGUAUAUCUUUGUUUGUGACAAUGGUCGUAAUGCGAUCAUAAGAAAUGGAUCAGAGGUUGCAGGGAGUGGCAAUGGACCUACAGGUGAAAUUAAAGAGUCUUAUGGACUAGUUGCUGAUGAUAAUAACACUAUGUAUAUUGCAAAUACAGAUCACCAUGUUAUCGUUAAAUGGUUGGCAAGUUCUAGUGCUUCAUCUGGGGGCACAGUGGUUGCUGGAAGUGCAGCAGGCACUGCAGGCUCAACUAGUACUUCGUUAAAUAUGCCUACUUCUGUAACACGCGAUUCACAAGGGAACCUGUACGUUGUCGAUCAAGGUAAUCAUCGUAUUCAACUUUUCUGUCAAUACCCAACGCCAACCACGAUUGGAAUAACAAUCGCUGGCACCGGAAGUGCAGGAUCCACUUCAACUACACUAUCAUCUCCAACAAACAUUGCACUUGAUUCUUCAUUGAAUGUAUAUGUAAGUGACACCGGUAAUCAUCGAGUACAAAUGUUCCAACGCAUUGCUUAA